GUGUGUUCAAGGUCAAUGGUUACUGACACCAAGAUAGCACCACCCUGUGUUAUACUCUAUGUGGUUCUUUUCUCUUCAGAACUUAUCGUAUCUUAAAUACGUUAGCGCAACUCGUUCGUUUGUAUUUUCUCUCACUUAACCAAAAAUGGCCGAUUCUGAAGACACCCCGGUUAAAAUAAUCGCUUGGGUCUUGCCAAGAACCAUCUCCACGGCUCUAUGCAAGUGUCUGAGUGGCGUUGAAGGAAUCGAGAUUUGGUUUGAACGGUUUACACGAGCGCACUUUAUGAAGAAUGAGUAUGAGAGUCAGACUGGCAAUAAAAUGCCCCUGGAAUAUGAGGGCAGUGAAGAGCAGGUACGGGAAGCUGCCAAGUUGUUUGGACGUCUCAUUGGUACUGACGUAGUCCCCCAAAGAGCUGUAUACGGAGACGUAAAGAAGAACAUUGAACGAUCCAGUAGCAAGUAUAUAUUUGCAAAAGAAGGGUAUAUCGCUUUUGAAGACAAGGCAACUCGACCAUACCUACCAUCCGGAUUCAAACACGUGUUCUUCAUUCGGGAUCCUUACAGAUUGUACACUUCCUACAAAAUAGCCUUGUACAAACAUCUUGCAAACGUUGGUAUCCGAACGGGUGAUCCGGACGACGAAGAGGCAUUCGACAUUGAAUAUGACGACCCACUCAUGAAAGCUAACGAGUUCUACAGCGCAAUCUUAGAAUUCUUGAAAUACAUUCGUGACAACCUGGACCCCAACCCAAUUGUCAUCAACACAAACGAUCUGUUGGCCAACCCUGCGAAGGUGCUGAAGAAGUUCUGUCACCUGACCGGUCUUCCCUACAGUGAUUCACUACUUCAUUGGGAUGCCUCUCCGGACAUCACCAAGACCUGGAAGACAGCGAGCGACGACAUCAUCAAGUUGUCCAAUGCAUUUUUUGAAACGGCAGUCUUCUCAGACGGGUUCCUCCCGCUAAAACCAACGGUUCAAGUAGAAAAGAUGCCACGGGAUGUUAUCAGACUAGCCAAGCAAGCUAUGCCCUACUACGAAGAACUGAACAAGAUGAAAAUAUGAAUACAAAAUCUGAAACAUUAAUUAACAAAUGAAAGGGUGAAAAAAUUAUUUUCUUCAGAAAAAACCCAUUCCAAAGAAUUAAGCAAUAUUGAAUGCACAUAAUGUUUUUAAAUGGGAAGACCUACAAAAACAAUGAAAAGGAUGAGUUUUUUCGGUGGAAAAAAUCACACAGGUUAUAAUUUAAAUUACUCUCAAAUAUAUUUUGAAAGCAAAACCCAAAGGGUCAUUAGCCGUAUAAGUUGAAUGAUUUGCAGUUGUCCCCGUGUAGACUUAUAAGCCACAAUAGUUAAAAUGACAUUCAAAUAGCAUGAAUAAAAAAGUUCUAUGUACACUUUGUCACUAUGAUGUUUGGGCAAUAUUUAAUUGACGGUGCAUGUCUGUUUUAGUGUGUUCAGGAAAAAUAGCUAGGUCAGUAAUAAAACAUUUGCCGCCCCUCUCUCGCUCUUUAUAUGCAAUGUAUGUUAUGGAACUGGCAAUACUACUAAUAAAUGACAAGUCCACCCCGAAAAAAAUUGAGUUGAAUAAAAAGAGAAAAAUCCAAAAAGCGUAACACUGAAAAUUUCAUCAAAAUCGGAUGUAAAAUAAGAAAGUUGUGACAUUUUUAGGUUUCGCUUAAUUUCAGAACACAGUUCUAUGCAUAUCCUAGUCAGAUUGCAAAUGAGGGGACUGAUGACAUCACUUACUCACUAUUUCUAUUGUAUUUUGAUAUUUGAAAUAUGAAAUAUUUUCAUUUUCACCCUUUGUCCUGUGAAACAAAAUUUUAUUCCUCCCUAAACAUGUGGCAUUACCAUUGUUAUAGCAUGUAUGGUUCGGUUAAGUUGGUUCUCAAUGUCAAAUUGGUAAAAAUAGAAAUAUUGUAUUAUUCAGACAAUAUAAAAACAAAAGAGAUAGUGAGUGAUGGACGUCAUCGAAUCUCUCAUUUUCAUGACACUGAGUUGUGCAUAUAACUGUUUUGUAUAAAAAAGGAGCGAAACUUUAAAAUGUCUCAACUUUCUUUUUUACAACCAAUUUUGGUCAAAUUUUCAGCAUUAUGCUUGUUUGAUUUUUCUCUGUUUACUCAAAUCAACAUUUGCCGGGGUGGACUUGACGUUUAAAGACAUUCGCAAAAUUACAAAGGUCUUAUCUUAAAAAAAUCCUGAACUUCGAUGUGUAUUCAUAGGAAUAAAAAAUACCAAGGAAAAUAUAUCGAAUUUUUGAGACACUUUCAAGACAAAUGUAUUUUUGACUAAGAAGAAAAAAAACCCAACGUAAUUUGGCUUAUCUGCUGGUGACUCUUUUGUAACAUAUGGCAUGUAUGGUAUCCUAUACAUGUUUUUUAAAUAAAAAUUUAGAUGACUCUUCCGGUCAGAGUGCAUUUUUCUAAUUUUCUUGAAGCAUUAAAUCAUGAUUAUCGGGUACAUUUUUUCCGGGGCUUCAUUUCAAAACGCAUCACAGACAUGAGAAACAAUUCUAAAAAUUCGGACACCAGAUUGUUUAACAUGUUUUUAAUGUCCCCUCAACUUAAUGUUAACUUUUAAAAAUGGGAUUUAACAAACAGAAUGAGAAUGGAUCGUUGAUCGCAUGGUGUACGUAGUACAAAGACAUUUUCGAUAUCAACUUACUUAGUAGAAAUAGAACCGUAUUUAGUUUAUUAUAAAUCCAAUUUCAUUUCUGUCCUUUGUUAUAAAUGUAAUCUGAUUUUUAUGAUGUAUUUGUCUUGAAUCAUGUAAUAUAUUGUUUUCCUACUUUCAUAUUCUUUUGUAAAAAACGAAAAGAGAUUCGCGAUUCACCAUUUCCCUUCUCUGUCCUAUCCAUCCCAUUCAUACCCAAAUGUAUUAUUAUUUGAUAUUCUACUUUUUAACCUCUGUGUGUUUGUGAAUAAGGGGAUAUCUCUUCACAAUAUCUGCUUCUGAUUUCAUAUAUACAUUCACUUAUUGCUGAUAACUAUAUCAUAUAGCCUAUUAUGUAUGCUUGCGAUCACAUUGACCUGUUUUUUUUUACUGAAAGAAAAAGAGAAAGAGAAAUAGAAUUAAAAGAACGAAACCUU